AUGUUCAUCACCUCAGCAGCAGAGUUCGUCUGGGCAAACGUGAACCCCACCAACUACAUUGGCGGCGUCAGCUUUCGCCCCGAGCGCGAUAUUCCAGACCUUUCGGGCAAGGUUGUUUUCAUUACAGGAGGAAACGCCGGUCUUGGAAAAGAAACCAUCCGCCAAGUUCUCAAGCACAACCCAGAGCAAGUCUUCCUCGCCGCACGGUCUGAAGAAAAGGCGCAAAAGGCAAUCUCCGAGCUCCAAUCCACAGCCCCAGAUGCCAAAAUCACCUGGAUCCCACUAGACCUCUCAUCAACAAAGUCCGUUCAAGAUGCCGCUGAGAAAUUCAAGUCGCAAGCCGACCGCCUGGACGUCCUCGUCCUCAACGCAGGCGUCAUGUCUCUGCCCCCAGGCGAAACCGAUCUCGGCCAUGAAAUCCAGUUAGGGACAAACCACACCGGCCACUUCCUAUUGACAAGAUUACUCCUCCCGACUCUCCUCCGCACAGCAGAGGACCCGGCCGCCGACGUGCGCGUCGUCUCUCUCUCCUCGAUCGGGCACAACCUCGCGCCGGACUUCGAGACCAUCCUCGACCAGCAGCGGCUUAAGAGUUGCAACACGCACGCGCGCUACGGCGCCUCCAAGGCCGCGAAUAUCCUCUUCGCGUCGGAACUCGCGCGUCGGCACCCCUCCAUCACGGCUGUCUCAUUGCACCCUGGGAUCAUUGUAACGGAUCUGUAUGGGCCGGUCGGACAGACGAACCCGAUUGUGCGGGCCGGGAUCAAAGGACUUGGACUUGUCACGACAGCGGUUGAGCAGGGCGCAUGGAAUCAGCUCUGGGCUGGGUUUGGCGCGAAGAAGGACGCGCUUGUUAACGGGGCGUAUUAUAUGCCCGUAGGCAAUAGCAAGACCUGUAACCGGUAUGUUGUGGGGGAGGAGAUGGGGAAGAGGCUUUGGGAGUCCGCUUCGGCAGAACCCGAUCGCAAACAAAACGAGAUGUUCAUGGAGCGCAUGCUCUCGCGUCGUUCCAGCCAGGGAGAGGCUGAUACCAAAAAGCCCGAGGGCCUUGAGCGUUCGACGAGCCAGGACGAAAACCAGAACCAGAACCAACCCCAGCUGCGCCGCCAGCGGAGGAAUUCCAGACUCCAGAGAUUCAAGGAUAUGUGGCACAGCGAGGAGGAGUUGGAUGAGGCUGGGAAGGUUUAUGCGAAGUUGAUGUGA